AUGCGCGAGGGCCAUACUCAUCCUGACGACCAGGCCCAGCAUUCCUCGAAUCGAAAUUCAGCUGUUACUCCGAUUGACACUUCAAUUCACCAAACUAUAAAGAAACUCCCGCAGAGCCGCUAUGCUGUCGCGCUAUUUCUCGGAACAGAAUUUGAUGCAAAGGAAGGUUCCGAGGACGACGAACAUUUAUACUAUGUGGGAGCUCGGACGUUGAUUUAUCAGCUGCUUCAUGCUCCGCGCACGAAAUUCAGGAGUCCAGUUUCUGUUGUGAUUCUGGUCACCAAGGGAGUACACGAAAGUAAGCGUCAGCGACUACGGGAAGACGGUGCGAUAAUAGUCGAGGUUGCGGAUAUAGAACACUCGGUCGAAAUUGCCGUUGGGCGUUAUGCCGAAGUGUUCAACAAGUUACGAGUCUUCGAUCCUAGCAUUAUGCCAUUUGAAAAGGUUGUCUUGCUAGAUUCGGAUAUGGUCAUUACUCGCCCUCUCGACGCAAUCUUUGACGACCCUGCUUCUCAGCGCUCCCUAGUUAAUAAAACUGCGACAAGUGCACUUGCCCCCGACUUGCCCCCGAUACCUGAUAGCUAUGUUCUAGCAUCGACUCCCGACAUCGCUUAUAGGCCAGUUGGCUUUCCUCCUAAUCUAACCGCCGAGGACAAGCGCGACUAUUUCAAUGCUGGUGUGAUCGUGCUGUCACCUUCGACAGAACUUUUCAACCUUUAUCUUGCCGUCCUCAGCCGCACAGAACUAUUCGAUGGCUGGUGGCCUGAGCAAAAUCUGCUCAACUACGUCCACAGCCGGGAUGGGCCGAUGCCUUGGGGAAGUCUUGAUUUGUUAUGGCAUCUUAUAUCACCGAAUGCGGCUGAUUUUGAGGCUGGCAUGGCUAUCCUUCACUGCAAGUUUUGGGAGCCAGCAUUGAAUCCGUGUCACCAGAGUGCGGUUUCCCGACGGUGGGAAAUGCAGGGAUACUGGAGCGGUAGGGAGGAAAGAUAG